AUGGCAUUGACACAAGAAUCCAACACUAUAAUCCCACCAAAGAUACGCGACUCAGGAAGUUUUCCACAAUUACCCUGCUCAAUAGGAGAAAUCUAUAUUGGUCAAGCAUUAUGCGAUCUUGGGGCAAGCAUAAACUUAAUGCCUCUUUCCAUCUUCAAAAGAUUAAAUGUGGGACAGCUAACACCCACAACGAUGACUCUUCAACUCGUCGAUAGAUCUUUGGUGCACCCUGAAGGGAAAUUAAAGGAUGUCUUGAUAACAAUAGACAGAUUUAUUGUACCUACAGACUUCAUUAUCUUAGAUUAUAGGGUGGAUAAAGAUGUUCCAAUCAUAUUGGGACGACCAUUCUUGUCUACUGGUCGUGCUCAAAUAGAUGUGCACAAGGGUGAAAUCACAAUGAGCGUCAACAGAAAGAAGCUCAGGUUCAAUAUUAUCAAGGCAAUGAAGUUCCCAAAUGAAGAAGGCCUAUCAGAUUCUGAUGAUGAACACACUUGCAUUGAAAAUUGGGAGUCCGAGGAAGAAAAUGAAGAAAGAGAGGAUGUGACAGCAUCCAUAGAGACUUGCCAUGCAAUAACAAAGAUAUUGAUGAAUGAGGAAAUGUUGAAUUUGGAUGAAGAAAGAAAAAUAAGAAGCCCUCUUUAG